UGUAUGUCAUUAAUAAAUAAAUUAAAGAGGGGCGCGAUGAGGCCAUAUUCAUACUAGCAAUUUGACCGCAAGUGUGACCAGACCUGAAUGAAUCUGACUGGAAUCGCGUCCAGAGUUGAGUCGAAAAAAGCCCUUGCGUGAAUUCAAGGAUAUGAUCCAUGUUGCCCUGAAUGAAUCUGACUGAAGUUGCGUCCAGAGUAGAGUCGAAAAAAGCCCUUGUGUGAGUUUAAGGAUAUGAUCCAUGAGCGGGGCAACAGAUGGGUGUUGAUCUUGCCUGAGCUCAUAAUCACAUUAGCACGCACUUUCCUAAAUGUAUCUGGCUGCACCUACAACCAGACCGGAAUGGAUCUGACCGCAAUCACGUCCAGAUUCGAGGCGAAAAGCUCCUAGUGUGAGUGUGCCCUGUUACUUGGGACUCUUUAGCCAAGGCCAUCUUAUUUGUGGCUCCAUCUCUCUUGGUUGAACAGUGUGGUAUGCAAUUUUAUUAUUAUUAUUAUUUUAUUUUAUUUUUUUCCCUCCGACGUCGGUAGACAUGUGCUGAAGCCUGAAAGCUAUCCUUUUUCAGGUUUGUUUUCCCUUCCCCUUCCUUUUUUGGGAAGAAGCUAUGUGCUAGCAGGUCUGAUUGGGGCAGAUAUGGGACCGACUUUUUUCCUCUUUUCCCUGAUAUUCAAACAAAAUCAUUAAAUAUUUACUUAUCAGGCACCUUCCAGAAGAUUUGCAAAGAAAAUCGCGUAAUCGGUGAGGCAGAGAGUUGUGCCAAUAGUAGGAUUUAUGACGAGGGAAGAUAUGUCAGCACGAUGUCCUGUUAGCUUUCCGCGUCAAUGCCGGAGUUUCAGGGGUGAAUAUCUCUUAGUCUGUGUUUGAGGCCAUUUUCCUGCUGCCCAGAAAAUGCCAAGAAGGCCGAGAGUUAUUUAUGUGAUUGUCCGUCGACAGGGAGGGCAACUGCCGCCGCAGGUUGCGGCUAAAAAACGCUGACUGUGAAGAUCCGGCAGCGAUGGGAGAGCAGCCUUCAAGACGCGCCUUCGGCCCUUCACGGUUUAGCGUUCUGACUCUCAGAGUCACUCAGGGAACAGAACAUGUGUGAAUCGGUGCUCGUAUGGUUUAGGGUUCAGAGUUUGGGCCGGCAAGUUGGCUUGGCUGUGAAACCAUGUUAUUCUGCGCUAAUGGUUUUGGUCUCAAAGGUGGGAGUUGGUCGGAUAAACAGAACGCGAGCGAUCUGACAAACAGUUAUCAGUGGAUGCGUGUGUGGAAGCGCUUGGAGCGUGCAUUGGAAAGAUAUCGUGAACACUGAACAGGACAUGUGUGAAUCUGUGCGCGUAUGGUUUAGGGUUUACUGUUUGGGCCGGCCAAAUGGCCAUGAAAUCAUGUUACUCUGUGCUUAUGGCUUAGGUUUCAGAGUUGGGAGUUGAUCGGAGAAACAGAACGCGAGCUAUCUGACAAACAAUUAUCAGUGCAUGCUUGUGUGUGGAAGCGCUUGGAGCUGGCAUUGGAAAGACAUCGCCAUGGUGAACACGGAAGAGGCGAUGCAUGUGAAACACCAAUGAUACCUUUCUAUGGUUUAGGUCUCAAAAGUUGGGGGUGGAUUGGAGAAACAGAACGCGAGUGAUCUGACAAACAGUUAUCAGUGCAUGCUUGUGUGUGGAAGCGCUUGGAGCGUGCAUUGGGAAGAUAUUGCCACGGAGAAGACGGAAGAGGAGACGCGCAUGUGGAACACAGAUAAUACCUUCCUUUCGGGACUCUUUCCUUCCUAUGCUAUAGUUAACAUCCCGCGGUACCAGGCACCGUGGGCUCGGAAACCUGCAAUCUGGGCCGUGCCGGCAAAAGGAGCCGCAGACGAACUGGAGGUUAAAGAGUUGUUCCUCUUUGUCGAAGCCAAGCAGAAUUGGGAAGGGUCAAGAAGGUGGUGCUGGUGUAUGACAAAUCCACCAAGUCUUCUACAAUGCCAAUCUCACAAUGGGAUGAUGGUUAGUGGAGUCGGUGGAGCCAAGUGCUCGCCAUCUUGACUGCUGUUAGCCUGUUGCAAUGUUUUGGCAUUGUCUACGCCUUUUUGUGCAGUAAUAGUGCACAGGCAGAUCACAAAUCUACUUACUUUGAUGUAAAUCCCACGAUAGAAUGGCGGCAGCAGAAGAAUAGACAUAGACCUAACCUAUAUUGGCUGCUCCAGCAUGCAAACACUCUUUUCCACAGUUUCCACAUAGUAUCCACAUAGUAUCCACAUAGUAUCCACCGAUAGUAUCCACCCAUAGCAUCCACACAUAGUAUCCACGCAUAGUAACCACACAGUAUCUACAUAGAAGUACACAUAGUAUCCACAUAGAUAUACAGUAUAGAGAUACACUUAGUAUCCACGCAUAGUAUCCACUCAGUAUCCACAUAGAAGUACACAUAGAAAUGCACAUAGUAUAGACAUACACAUAGUAUCCACAUCGUGCCAGCAUAGUAUCCACAUAGAAACCUUGUGAUAUCCGGAUGGUAUUCAUGUAGCUAUCCUCAGCGAAACUAAAUAUAGUAAUGAGUUGCUAAUAACUACUAACAAGUUAACAACACAUUAUUCAUCUAAGUGUUUACGAAGUACGUGUACACUGUAUAGUAUCCAUAGUAGUAUUCAUGUGGAGCCACAUUGUUCCCAUUUAGAACUCCAUUAAGGUUAUGAAUAUUGCUUCCUUAAUAAAGGAGAAGAGAGAAACCUCCUGGACGACACCUCCAGAAUGAGGCAUGCUUAGGAAGCUUUGGAUCAUCCCAUAUACUUCAGCUGGGACUUCGCUUCACGACUGGGUCCAGAGCUCCAUGUGUGCUUCUGGGAUGGACCAUCCGGACAAGACCGAAGGGGAUGUUGUGUGUCGCCCUGAUAAGGUCUGAACAAGU